ACUUUUCGGGGCUUUGAAGAGAGUUUCCAGCUUGGAAAAUUUUAUAGAUUCGUAAUUCCAGCUCAGUUCUUUGACUAUGAACCUUUCCCUCAACAGGGUUAGCAAAGUCUUGUAGCGACUUAAAGAAGCUUGAUUCUACUGCACAAAAUGGUACAUAUAUCAUUGAUCCUGACGGCGACGGAGGCUUGCCUCCUUUAUUUGACGUCACAUGUGACAUGAGUGACAGGAAUGGAGUUGGCGUGACAGUCAUCAGUCACGAUAGCGAGACCAGAAAUUUAGUGAGUGGAUGUGAUGGUCCAGGGUGUUACACGCGUAACAUUCAUUACCCAGGAGCGAGUCUUUCACAGCUGGCAAGUCUCACCAGAGUCUCCUCACACUGUGAACAGUUUAUCAAGUACGAGUGCCACGGCUCGAGUUUUAACUACGACAACGAAAAAUUCGGAUGGUGGGUGUCACGUGAUGGCCUAAAGACAAACUACUGGGGAGGAGCCUCGCCUGGAAGCAGUCAACAAAUCUGCGCAUGCGGCAUGUCCAACACAUGCGCAAAAUCCAAUUCAGCUUGCAACUGCGAUACAAAUGACCUUGCAUGGCGUGAAGACAGCGGUCUCCUCACGAAUAAGACGCAUCUUCCAGUUACACAACUGAGGUUUGGGGAUACUGGGGGAGACCAGGAAAUCGGUUACCACACAUUAGGAAAAUUCAAGUGCUACGGCAUAGCAUAAUUCUCUUCAGUAGCAGUCGGUGAGAUCUAUGCGGCUUAACAGACUGGGAAACUUGUCAUGGAAGUUAAGGAGUUAAGUAUAUGUUUCACAUUUUGAACACCCGAAUCAAACAUCGGGCGCAUAACAUGGCAGAGGAAGCAAUGUUCAGGACCAUGAUGCAAAAAUUCUCAUGGUACUCAUCUCUAAAGCUUUUAUGUAAACGUGGUUAAGUAUAAUUGAAAUGUACUGAAUUGAAUCCAUUUUGUAACCACUUUAGGGACUGUAAACAACCGUUGUUAUGGGCGUUGCUAUGUUCAAAUAUUGCUAUAUCUUAAUUUAAACGUAAAUCAAGGAGCGAUUAGAGCAAAAUGGUUUUAAAAUACCUUUUGCAAAUGCUCAGAGAUGUUGAAUGUUCAUGUUUCGAAAAAAAUGUUUUUCUUUGGGGGAAAAACUUUGUAUUUCAGGGUAGAAGAGCAUCUUUUAUAAAAGGUCAUCCAUGGGUUAUCAGCGAGCAAUACCUAAACCAUUCGCAAUAAGAGCCAGAUAUGUAAACAAUAGCCUCCAUCCGGACCGAAAAUAUGCUCGGAUAUUUGUCCGCCGACAUGAUCUGUUCCGAGAAGCGACCAUUUUUCCGACCCGAGAGCGAAGCUUGGGAAAGCUUAGAACCUAGAGGAACAGAUCUGUCCAAGGACAAAUACCCGAGCAUAAUUUUAAAGUCAAAUGGGGGGCAUUGUGUUUAGUAUCCUUCACACAUUUUUCGCAACUCGCGGGAAGGUUUGAAAACUGGCUUAUAUCACUCAGAUAAUUCUUAGCUUAGCUAGGGCAUAUUCAGUCAUGUGAAGCGUUAAGAUCAGUCGCGAGCAAGCCAAAAUAUUUGAUGGAUUAUAAAUAACGUUAGCUUAAUAGGAAAUAUUCUUAAUUAGUGUGUAAACGUCGAUAGAAUCGAUGCAAGAAUAACCCCGCCUGAUUCCAUGCUUUCCCUGAUAUUUAGCUUGUAAGGUUAACGAAACGUGUGUAUUUUGAAGUAUAUCAACGGCUCUGGUGGAAACUGGCCACCGCGUUUUUGACCAACACUGGAUCGAAUGAAAGUUUAAACGGUGUAUAAUAAACUGUUUGUAAAGCUUGGUCGGCCAGGGGAGAUUCAUGCAUCCCUCGUGUCUAUCGACGAGACAAAAACUUAAAACAGCUUGCAUGAAAAAUGCAUUCCAAUAAAUAUGACUUUUGAUUCAUCUGUCCUAUGAUUAGAUACAUGUUGCAGAAGUUCGAGUAACAACUGAAGGGACAAAAACUUUGUACUGAGAUUAUUUACACCGUUUCGCAAACUUCUGUGCGACUGU